AUGGCAUUUCGACAGGAACUAGGAGAAUUUGUAAACUUUUCAAAAGAACAGUUUAAGUCAAAAAAUGAAAGUGAUAAACUAUCUUUCUUUUAUCCUGGUAAAAAUGUGAAAAUUAAGAUUGAGGAAGAUGUGGAAAUUUCUUACCACCAUUUAACACAAUCUAACACACCAGUAAAAGUUGAGGAUUUUAAAAUAGGACUGUCACUUACAGAGAAUAUUAAGCAAGAAUAUGAAGAGUGUGAUCCUGUUUCGGAUAAUAUUGGAGCUAUUGAUCUCAUUAACAGUUAUUCAACCAAUAUUUCUAGAGAGAGUAUUUAUAAAGCAAAGUCUGAUGCAAGCCGAAUUCUUCCACAAGAUAUUAAAGUUGAAAUUAAACAAGAACAUGAACAGUGUGAUUAUUUUGUUGAUAAAUUGGAACUUAUUCAUCCUAGUGACAAUUAUUCAAGAGAGAAUAUUGGUAUACCCAAGUCUGAUGCCUCUCAAAUUUCUUUACAAGGAAUUAAAGUUGAAAUUAAAGAAGAAUAUGAACACUCUGAUUUUGUUCUGGAUACAGCUAGCAACAUACAUACUACUCAUCUAAAUACAGAAGUAAAAUUGGAAGACUUUGUUGAACUGGAAAGUAAUAAGUCAAGAAAAAUAAAAAUCAAAACAGUUAAUAGAAGGAAGAAGUUACAGGAUUAUUCCCAUUUCACCAAAAAAUGGCUUUCUCGGCUAAAAUUAACAAGGAACAAAAACGAAAUUCAUAGUUGUUCCUUCUGCGGUAAAACGUGCAUGAAAUCUUCAAUACUUAUGUCUCAUUACAAAGUAAGUCAUUUUACAAAAAAGGUGAUGCAAAAAAAGCAAACUGCAAUCAAGCCUUCUAUAUUAUAUGAUUUAUUGAAAAAGGAAAACGAUCAAAUUUUAAUUAAGGAAUCUUCAUAUGCAGACCACUAUACAUUUGAUGAAAGUGAAAAGUCAUAUAGUUGUACAUUGUGCCCACAAAAGUUUGUCGACACAAGUGAACUAAAAUCCCAUUUUGGCCUUCACACUGAACAAAAGUUAUUUGAUUGUACAGUGUGCUAUAACAAAUUUAAUAGCUCCAAGAACUUGGCCACACAUUUGUUUGUGAAUUCUAGGGAAAAACCAUAUACAUGUGAAAUUUGUUUAUCACAAUUUUCUACAAAUUGCUAUUUGCUAGUACAUACACGUUUACACGCUAUGCAGAAACCUCAUAAAUGUCAGGUUUGCUUAAAACAGUUCACCCAAAUUGAUCAGUUACUAUAUCAUCAAAUAGAACAUACUGUGGACAAGCCUUUGAAUGUGAACUUUGUGGAAAAAGGUUUAAAAAAAAAGAUAAAAUGGAACAACACCAAAGAAUUGUCCACUUUGGUAUCAGACCUUAUAAGUGUGACUUGUGUUCUAAGACAUUUGCUCGGACUGACGACUUAAACAGACAUCGUUGGGUGCAUACUGGAAAAAAACCAUUCAAAUGUACGAUUUGUCUACAGGAGUUCGUACGGAAUUUUGGACUUAAAAUGCAUAUGCUUCUUCACACAGAGGUCAAGCCAGUUAGGUGCGAUAUUUGUUUUAAAGAGUUUAGACACGCAUACCAUCUUAAACAACAUGCAUAUGUCCACUCUAACGAAAAACCUUUUAAAUGUAAGAUUUGUCCAAAACAGUUCAAACACAAUUAUCAUCUCAGACAACAUAUGUUUGUCCAUUCUGAAGAAAAACCUUUUGAGUGUAAGAUCUGUCUAAAACAAUUAUGUUCUAGAAGUAGUUUACAGCAACAUACGCUUCUCCAUUCCGAGGAAAAAGUUUUUAAAUGCAGUAUAUGUUCGAAAAGGUUUGCUACUAAAAGCAAUUAUAAACAGCAUUUGUUAACACAUACAGGCCAGAAGCGUUUCCAAUGUAACAUUUGCCCCAAGAAUUUUACAGACAAGCGUGGAUUCAAUAGGCACAUUCAAGCUCAUACUGGAGAAAAGCCAUUCCAGUGCGAGAUUUGCCUUAAGCGUUUCACCGAUAAUUCAAGAUUAAGAACACAUAUGCUUCUACACGAAAACAAAAGCUUUUACAAAUGUGAAGUAUGCCAAAAAAUGAUGGCAACGAAACACGGCUUAAAAGGUCAUAUGCGAGUCCAUACUGGAGAAAAACCUUAUACAUGCGAUAUAUGUCUGAAAUCUUUUGCUAAUCAGAGUAACAUGAUCAAACAUAAGAGAAUACACAAUAAAAGUACUAUCGAGCAAAUUAAUCCCCAUCGUUCAGGCUGUAAUAAAUAA